AUGGCCGUUUGGCUCGGUGACAGCGGCUUUUCAAAAAUUGAUACACAAAACGAUUUAGAUAGUUUGCUAGGUGAUAAUUUUAAUUUAAAUUGUAAUAUAAAAUGUGGAUCAUCUGACAUACUUUCUAGAGAUUUUCCUCAGAUCACUUGCGACAUAAAACUCUUAGAUAGUGUGACGUCGGAGAUUAAAGUAGUUCCCAAGGACAAAACAACAGAUUCUAGAAUUGAAAUAGUAUCAAGUAAUAAUGAGAGAUUGUCUGAUGUGCCACAAGCAACUGUUGAACUACCAAAAUUGGUCAUGGAUAAGAACAAAAGAAAAGUGGAGGAUAACAGUGCAAGAUAUAAGUGUGAAUACGAGGGCUGUGAAAGAACAUACAGCACUGUGGGCAAUUUACGAACCCAUAUGAAGACACAUAAAGGUGAAUACAGGUUUAUAUGUCCAAUGCAAAGUUGUAACAAAGCAUUUCUCACAUCAUACAGUCUAAAAAUACAUGUGCGGGCACACACAAAAGUAAAACCAUUCACAUGCAAUAUCGGGAACUGUAACAGAGCAUUCAAUACAUUAUACAGACUCAAAGCACACCAAAGACUACACAGCGGCGACACAUUCAAUUGCAAAGCAGACGGCUGCUCGAAAUUCUUUACAACACUAAGCGAUCUGAAAAAACACAUACGAACACACACACAAGAAAGGCCUUAUAAAUGCGUAACAGAUGGAUGUGGCAAGUCGUUCACAGCGUCGCAUCAUCUCAAGGCGCACGCGCGCACGCACUCGGGCUCGCGGCCUCACGCGUGUCCCGAGCUCGGCUGCGGGAAGCUGUUCUCUACCGUUACCAGUAUGAAGGCACACGCAAGGAAACAUCAGAUUAAUACCGAAGCACCAAAAGUCGAAGUCACAGAAAACGAACCAACAAAACCUGAUGCGAACGUCAUGAACUGGGAUAGUUUACUCGAAUCAUUUGGAAAAAUUACAACUGAAUCUAAUUCAACAGACGGCAGCCUAGAAGAUAUUGCGAGUGUCAACCUUAACAAUAACAUGGAUAUUACUGAACUGUUAUUCGAUAACGCGACAAAUAACACUAAAUUUGAUAAUCCUGAUUAUGAUUUGAGCAAUCUAGAGCUUUCGCCGUUCAUUGUUAAAAAUGAAAAGGAGCAAAGCACGUGGAAUGUUGGCAAUAAAAUUGAAAUUAAAUCUAAGGCAUUACAAUUGGCUUUAGCGAAUGAAGUGGAAGUGCAGGCACCAUGGAUAGAUGUCACAGCAUUAGCGUCUUCCAUACAAGAAACACCUGUUAGUAUAAAAGACAAUACACCGGAAAGUAUUUUCACUCUAGCAACAUCAGUACCGACACACAUGCAAAGCUAUAUAGAUCUUAAUUCAGAAAUGCCUACCGCUAAUAUUAUUUCUGAGACGUUUGAUCUAGACACGCCUAACAUACUCGAUGUAAGUGAUAAAGUUUUCAAUGACAGUGAACUAGUUACAAAUAUAACAACUAAGCUAACAGAUGUAGAAUUUUUGAAAAACAACGAAAUUAAUGAGAUUGAUAGAACGUUAAAUACACCAUCUCCUAAAAUCCAACAUAAUAUCGAAAUAAAUCCAGCUAACUCUGUGUUAUUUAACACAGAUUUGACUCUUGAAGACACAUUGUUGUUUGAUAAUGAACCUCCUUCAAAUAUGUAUGUUGUUAAAACGGAGAAUAUAUUUGGAAAGAAAAUCAAAAAUUCAUUACAGCAAAUAACGUCAGAUGCAGGAAUUUGCUCCUGUAACAGCUGUAAAUGUGACCCGAACAAUGGUGAAUGUAGAAGUUGCAAUCAAAAACAAACCUGUACAGAUGAUAAGUGUUCGUGUAUUGACUGCAAAUGCGACCACGCUCAAAUGAAAUGUGCAGUUGGAUGUGGAAAAGCGACCGAUACAAACCAUAACACAUUUUUACACUACCAUAAAAGGCAUAACGAUUCAAAUCUUGAAGAUUUUGGUGUUUACACCCACGAAUGUGAUGAUAACUUCCCAGAAAUUAUUAAUAAUUUAAAAUGCUCUUGUGAUAGUAAAAGUAAAUGUGAUUCAAAUAAAAUGGAAGAUGGUUCUCCAAAGAAAUCGUGCUGUGUGACAAUUUGCUUUAAAAAAGUUGAAGCGUUCAAACAAUUUCUGUCAGAUACUGAACUAUUAAAUGCUCUUAAUGUAAAUAACUUGAAUCUGACAACAACA